AUCUCGCACGCGGGUCCUAGAUCGUUGACUAUUCGUCAGUGAAAUAUCGCGGUGAACUUUUGUGACAUUUGUGAAAUCGGUUACAUGGGCGGACAAUUUGAUUAGACUACGCGUCGAAUCUUUUGCAUAUUAGCUUGAAGAUUAUUUGAGGGUGUGUUUCAAAUAAUGGCUGGGCCGUAUUUAUCACCGCUACCGGGAGAUCUGCUGACGGAAUACAUGUUUGGUCGUCGGAGGCAGCGAAGAAACAGAACUACGUUCACACCUCAACAGCUGAGCGAAUUGGAAUCGUUGUUUCAGAAAACUCAUUACCCGGAUGUGUUCUUGAGGGAAGAAGUCGCUUUGAGGAUCAGUCUCUCAGAAGCUAGAGUACAAGUAUGGUUUCAAAACCGUCGAGCGAAAUGGCGAAAGCAGGCCCGCUUGCAACUCCUGCAAGAUGCUUGGAGAAUGCGCUGCUUAGGUCUUGGUACACCACCUCUAGGAUUGCCUGGUCACAAGCCUCCAGAUUCGUCCCCGGAGCGCACAGAUUCACCGUCGAAUAAGUCCCCAGAACCUCCUUUAGACAACAACCCUGAACUCAAAUCUCCUCGCACCGAUUCAUACAACGGGAACAUACCAGAACACGCCCCGCAAAUGCCACACGAAAUGCCACCAAUGCCAUACCCCAACGAAGAAGGCAGGAUGAUGCAACAGCCAUACCCGUUUCCGCCCUUACUCAUGCCACAACUAGACAACACAGACAACGUGCCAACGGACCUACGCGUGCCAACCAAAAACACGAACUGCCAUUGCGUGCCAAUCGAGGAACCCCAGAACUUGGCGUAUCCUAGAAGGGACAAGGAGACCAGCGAAAGUGACAGCGAUUCAGAAAUCGAUCUCACCUCGCAUUCCAAGGAUGACGAUCUGAGGGAAUCCGAGCGGCUAGCUAAUAGAAUAGCCACUAGCAUUUUUAGAAGCGACACAGUGCUACACGAUCUAGUCCCGAACGAUCUCAGCAUGGGAACAACGAAAAACUUCCACACCGACCGUACUCUUAGAAACAAUAUCAUGUAGGCAUCAAUGUGAUAUUUUGUCAUUUCUAGUCAUAACGUAAUCUUUGUCUAUUUUGUAUUGUAGAUACAUUUAUUUUUACACGUACUAUUAUGAGCCUUUGUAGAUAGCAUUGUAGUAUGCUUAUGUAUAUGGGUAUAGGAUAAGCGUUUUGUUUCAUGUUUUAAUGUAGUUGUAGCCGUAAUUAAUAAU